CUUGUCCCCACCCUUCUCUCCCAUACAGGAAGCUGCAUUUCUUUCAAGCUAGCUGUCAACAAAGGGGUAAAACUGAGAGAGAGGAAAAACAAACCCGAGCAUACGUCGGCGUGAUAGCUGACUGUUGGUUGAUUGGUUGUCUUAAAACUUAAUUUUGCGGGUCUGUCAGGGGAAUCGUGAAUAUGGCGACCACCGCUCAGCUGUUCGAGGAGCCUUUUGACGCAGAUGAGUACAUUGAGAGGUUAGCAUGGAGGACUCCAGGAGGAGGCUCUAAAGGAGGAGCUGAGGCGUUUGACCCCAAAAGGCUCUUGGAUGAAUUUAAGUGUCACAUCGAGGAGCUGAAGCAACUGGAUGAGAAGAUCCAGCGGAAGGUGGAGAAGCUCGAGCAUCAGUGUCAUCGGGAAGCGAAGGAAUUUGCCCACAAAGUGCAAGACCUGCAAAGAAGCAACCAAGUGGCCUUUCAGCAUUUUCAAGAGCUCGAUGAGCACAUCAGCUACGUGGCCACUAAGGUGUGUCACCUUGGCGACCAGCUUGAAGGGGUGAAUACGCCCCGCCAAAGGGCCGUGGAGGCCCAGCGGCUCAUGACGUACUUCAACGAGUUCUUAGACGGAGACCUACGCAGUGACGUCUUCCAUAACCCAGACAAGAUUAAGGAGGCUGCUGAUAUCAUUCAGAAGCUGCAUCUCAUUGCCCAGGAGCUCCCAUUCGACAGGUUUGCAGAUGUCAAGGCAAAAAUAGCAAGUAAAUAUCACGACCUGGAGCGACAGUUGAUCCAGGAGUUCACUGCAGCCCAGCGCAGAGGGGAAAUUGGUCGCAUGCGGGAGGUUGCAGCAGUUCUCUUACAUUUCAAGGGUUAUGCACAUUGUGUGGAUGUCUACAUAAAGCAAUGUCAGGAAGGCGCCUACAUGAGGAAUGAUGUGUUUGAAGACACAGCAGCUCUCUGCCAGAGGGUCAACAAGCAGGUGGGAGAGGUCUUCAGCAGUCCGGAGACGGUCAUGGCCAAACUCAUCCAAAACAUCUUCGAGAACAAGCUGCAGGCUCAUGUUAGGGAAAAACUGGAUGAGACUCGGCAUUCAGAUGUAGAGCAGUACCUAAAGAACCUCUACGACCUUUACACCAGGACGACAGCGUUAGCCACAAAGCUGACAGAGUUCAACCUGGGCUCAGAUAAGCACACAUUCCUGUCCAAGCUUAUAAAGAACAUCUUUUCCUCUUACCUGGAAAGUUACAUCAACAUGGAAAGGGACUACCUUCGCAGUCGAGGCGCUAUGAUUCUGCAGCGAUACUACGACUCCAAGAACCACCAGAAGCGUUCGAUCGGCUCGGGCAGUAUCCAAGAACUGAAGGAGCGGAUCAGGCAGCGGACCAAUCUUCCACUGGGUCCAAGCAUCGACACCCAUGGGGAGACCUUCCUGUCCCCAGAACUGGUUGUCAACCUGUUACAGGAGACGCGUCAUGCCUUUGAGAGAUGCCACAAGCUUUCAGAUCCGCCUGAUCUGCCCAAGAAUGCCUUCUCAAUCUUCCUCCUGCUAGUUGAACAUCUGUGUGUGGAGCACAUUGAUUAUGCCUUGGAGAUCGGCCUGGCAGCGAUUCCCUCAUCUGAUGCAAAAAAUGCCAACCUCUACUUCCUAGAUGUGGUUCAGCAAGCAAACUCUAUCUUUCAUUUGUUUGACAAGCAGUUUAAUGACCAGCUCAUGCCUCUAAUAAGCUCCUCUCCAAAGUUGGCCGAGUGUUUGCAUAAGAAAAAGGAGGUGAUAGAACAAAUGGAAGUGAAACUGGACACUGGAAUUGACAGAACAUUAAACUGCAUGGUGGGACAGAUGAAACACAUCCUGACAGAGCAGAAGAAAACUGACUUCAGGCCCGAGGACGAGAACAACGUCAUGAUCCAGUACACUACUGCCUGCUCCAAGGUCUGCGGCUACGUCAGCAAACAGGUGGAACACGUUCGGAAGUCCAUGGACGGGAAAAACGUGGACACGGUACUGGCGGAACUGGGCGUCCGUUUUCACAGACUCAUCCACGAGCAUUUACAGCAGUUCAGCUACAGCUCCAUGGGAGGCAUGCUGGCCAUCUGCGAUGUGGCUGAAUACAGACGAUGCGCCAAGAACUUCAGAGUCCCUCUCGUGCUGCAGCUCUUUGACACGCUCCACUCCCUCUGUAACCUGCUGGUCGUCGCGCCUGACAACCUGAAGCAAGUCUGUUCAGGUGAGCAGCUCACCAAUCUGGAUCGCAACCUCUUGCACGCCUUCGUCCAGCUAAGAGUGGACUACCGCUCAGCAAGACUGGGCCGUCAUUUCAGCUAAUGACUCUUUAAAGACCUACUGUACUCCGUCCAGGGAAAAAAAAUAAUAAUGAUGCCUCCUGAAGAUACUAAUUGUCAAUCGGUCUGUCUCCUUCAAACAGACCACACCGAUUGGGAAGCCAAUACUCCUUGAAUGUGGGAAUUUUACCCUUUUGUUUUUCUUUAUUUCUGUAAAAGGAUGAAAUAUAAGUAUUUGUUGAUCUUGAAUCAAUUUUGUUUUUAAAUACUAAUCAUUGACAAAUUUAUGUUAUAAGUGAAUUACUUAUGUUUGUGCUUGCAUAAAAAAACACUUUGCUUGUGCCAAAUAUUUAAAUUCUGUGGUUGAACUUCUGCACAGGAUUUGGCUCUGAAGCAGCUUUAAAGGGAGACUUCCUGUCAAGUCAGACAUCCGCUCUGCAGUUUUCACUUCAAAUGGUGGAAGCUUACUUAUUUUGCUGAAAUAUUUAGUGAUCAGAAAGCUCUAUGAAACUAGAGAAGCAGCUACGCUCUAAAAGGAACGUCCAGAAGCAAGAGCAAUUGCAUUCAUAAUCUGCUGCUGCUUCUUCUGUCCCAGUAUCUGAGGUAAAAGUAAAACAUCGCAAAGAUAACCCUUAACUCUGACCACACAGUCUGCAUCUAUUCUUUACAUUUCAGUAGCGAAUAAAGCAUUAGUCAGAAACACUUAUUUCAGAUCUUAGUACUCAAUAUACAUGUAACUCAGGUAUGUGUCUGUAAAACCUGCAUUUCAGUUUAAACUAACACACAGUAUGGAUUGUUUUGUACUUUUUUUUUUUUUAAAGCAUCCAAGUUUAUCAAAAGUAAUGUAAUUGUAACUUUGACAUAUAAUGAAGUGGGGAUGGGUGAUGUUGAGGUAAAAAUCAUAAUGUUAUGCAGUAUUUAUUGCAGUAAAAGGAAAAAUUCCCCUCGUUGCUUACAGUCAAGGCCUCAGAAGCGUAAAUACUUGUAAAAAAAAUAUAAAGUGGAACAAAUCCUUUGUCACAUAGACAUUAAGGUGCUGCAGCUGUACUGCUAAACCUCGAAUAUUAACAGAAUUCACUUGUGUUUUCAAAUAUAUCAAUUGAAUUUAUUAUAAACACUACAUCAUAAAUCUUAUCAGAAAUUAUUUUUUACCCAUAUAACAUCGUGAUAAUUCCCCAACCCUUUCACAAAGUACAUUCUUUUGGCUCAACAGACAAAGUGGUCGACAAGUUUAAAAAAAUAUUAACAGAUUCCGGCCAAGUCAGCGGUGCUUUGCACUCUGAAAUGACAAGCAAGGCAGACUUUGCUUAUGUCGGUGCGUAGCGGCCACAGAGGAGCCACAUGAGGACAUUGUGACUUGUUGGACGCCAUGAUGGAAGCAGACAGGCCUGAGAAUCCCUCUCUGGAGGGUCUGGGUGGUCCCUCACAGUUCAGAUCGGUGCGAUGGGUCACUGAGUGUGCGGCUCCGUAAUUGCACAGAUCAACACUUGCUCAGUCAGCGGUGCGCGAAGUCCAAGACAUUGUUCAUCUGAUCUGCGGCAUUUCUGGGUCAGAGGAGGCUGAAAUGUUGAUCUCCGGUGAUUAGGGAAACAAACUGAACUUAAAAGGGACUUCUUCACACACACACGGCUUACUGGAGGUCCACGUUAGCUACCCUCUUCCCAAGAAAAAGAAGGAUCGCGCUCCUGAUGUCUGGAACUAUCUGCUGCUCCCAUUGUACUGCUGUUUACCGUGAUUACUGAUUCAAUAAAGAUGCAUUUUAUUAUUCAA